CUGUUUAUCUGUACACUCGUUUACUACUCGUCUUUGCGAAGUCUUGGUCAACUCAGCUGCUCCAUCAAUGCCUCCUGUUUAGUGUUCUCAACAACGCCAAGAACAUAACUUCUCAGGCAUUCUCCCUCAGCAGUCACUGGUGCUUCGGAAUAAUGGGAAGCUAUGUCAGAAUUUCUGCUCUGCUGUGGGCUGACAUAUUGGUCUCAUAUGCACUCUUCGUCAUGCAAAACUAUUUAACCAAAGUUUGGAAUAUAAGCUUUGUAAAUGCUGCUGGAAUUUUGAACAUAUGGGGUGGAAUUUCAAUGAUAUUACCCGUUUUCUUUCUUUUCCUCGUCGACACUCUUAUCGGAAAUCGAAAGAUGCUCCUGAUUUCUAGCAUUUCCUAUAGUUUGGGAAUUGGAUUAGUCAGUAUGUCUACGCCUCCGGUUCUUGCUGAUGCUACUGGUACGUGCAAAGACUACAGCCCAAAAUGUAUUCAUCGCCUGCAAAAGGUUCUGUUCUACAUUGGAAUGUCUCUCAUAGCUGUUGGAGUAGCUGGCAAUUCCGUAUCUGUCAAACCCUUUCUUGAUGAGCAACAAGUGAAUAAUGAGCAUGACAGUAACGAAGGCGCAAGAGAAUUCUUCAGACUACCGUUUUUCAUAGUUGUGGUCCUUGUACCUAUUGUUGGAGCAGUUGCACUUCCAUUCGUCAAACCAUGGUCCCUCCGCUUUGGUAUUCCAGCAAUCUUCACUGCUGCUGCAACCCUUCUGUUUCUGAGUGGCGUUUUCUUGAGAGGUUCGUGGGCAUAUAGAGAGGUUACACCACAAGGGAGUCCGAUAACUAGUGUGUGCAGAGUGUUUUUCGCUGCUGCUUGCAAGAUAUCUCAGCCUUUCCCAGUUGAUAAACAAUAUCUUUAUAGAGAAAAUGGCCAGGAAAAUGAUGGCUUCCGCAAAACUCGAAUCCUCAGGUGUUUGGAGAAGGCUGCCAUCAUACUGCCAAAUGAAAAUCCAGAAACUGCAAACAAGGGAUGGAGACUCUGCUCCAUAUCAGAAGUUGAAGAUGCCAAAAUUGUUGUGCGUAUGUUCCCAAUGUGGACCACCUUCAUCGUCUGUGGAAUUGUGUCCUCGUUUGGAAACACUUAUUUCAUAGAACAAGCAAAUCGCAUGAACAGAAGAAUAGGAAACUGGAAGGUUCCUCUUCAGAUACUUCUACUACUAUCACAGUGGGCAAAGAAAUUUCUUUUCACCUCAUGGGCUAGAGACCUUUUAAAGAAAAAACACGGACCUCCCAUGGGAAUUGCAGUCGCGAUGAUAUUCUCCAUUCUGUGUUGCAUAACCGCGGCCAAAAUGGAGCUACGUAGGCUUAAAGUGAUUGAGAAACAUGGCUUGCUAGAGUUUCCAGAUAAAAACGUUCCCAUGACUGUGUUUUGGCUGCUUUUCCAGUUCAUUCUUCUUGCAGGCCUUGACACAUUCUUUGAAAUGAGUGUCACUGAAUUCUACAAAGAUCAGUCUCCUGAAUGCAUGAGCAAGUACCUCAGUUGUUUUGCACGGGGAGUUUCUGGUCUCGGAUUCAUGAGCAGCGUGCUUUCAGUUUAUGUCUUGGGAAAAUUAAGUGAGGCCGGGGGGAACAAAAGCUGGUUUCAGCACACAUUGAACAAGAGCCGUUUGGACCGGUAUUACUGGGUGCUGGCCGGUUUGAGUACUGUGAACUUAGUCGUGUUUAUGUUGGUAGCGUGCUGUUAUAGGUACAAGACACCGAAAGGGCCGGAGAGGAAUGUGGAGAGCCCGCCAAGAGGAGUGACUGCUAUACCACCAGAUGAGAAUGGUAGCAACCAGUUCUUCAAUUUGUUUGGUUAGGAGUUGGUAAGAUAGAUUCAUGCUGAUUCAAUAAUUGAUUAUUUAUUUCAGCUUCUUGUUCAAGAUUCAUUUUUCUCCAUUCUGUAGUAAAUAAAGGUGAAUGAUGGAAACACUUCUUUUCUAAAGAAUAAAGAAAUGAAAGCCUGUUAUUCUUGUUUCA